AUGAAUCGGACAAAAGUGACAGUUGCUUGCCAGGCAUGUCAGAAAAAGAAAGUGAAGUGUACAGGGAGUUCGCCCUGUGCCAAUUGUUCGAGAAGCGGUCACAGCUGUAUCUUUUCCAAUACGGCAAAAAAGAGAGGUCCAAGAAAUGGUAAUGUCGAAGUGAUAAAAAGCUCGGCACAUAGAAUCGAAUACGUUUUGCAGAACUAUCCAAGUUUGCGAGAUCAAAUCGAGCAAAUGCUUGAUGGCAAAAAUGAAAGUAGUAACAACAAUAAACCAUCUCGAAAUAUUCACCCAAUGAGACUGCAAUCCUUAAUCGGCUCGCCUUUACCGAAAAGUCACGUUAUUGUAGACGAUGAUAAAAAUAAAACCAAAAACAUUGGAUUAUCAUCAUUUCCAUAUUUGGUGCCAACGAAAUCUGUUCACCGUCAAGAUGAUAUCACCAUUAGGAAUCAUGUAAUACCACGAUCUGAUAUUAAUAGAUACGCUCAAGCGAGCCCGCUUACGUCGCAAAGUAAAAUAACUGAACUUGCUACUUUGAUAAACAAACCACCUUCCUUGCCGCCUUUUAGUUCCAUAAUGGAAGAAGUAUCAUCGAAAGAUGAAGGACCGGAUGAUGAAAACGAUUUAACAUUACCAACUCCCCAUAAUAUGUUCCAGAGGAAGGCAAUGGCAAUGUCAAUUUAUAGUACUUCUCUAGGAACUCAGUUGUUCCUUCCUGCAUCUGCUGAUAAUUCAUUAGACGAUUUACAAAAAUCCUUGAUUUCCAGCUCAUAUCAACAAAAUCCCGAAGGUACUUUACCGCUAAAUGACAAAAAUUCUCCCGAACAUGGGAGAAUUUUAGCAGGAUUGAAUGAGAUGUUUAGAAGCGAAAAUACUUGUACAAGGAUUUCGUUACCUUCACCACCUUCGCAUUUUUCUUUAUCGUCGUCCCCUCGAUCAACGUGUACAAAUUAUCCUCCCACACCAACUUCCUCGGUGUCACCCCCACCUUCGCCACACAUAAAAUCCAAACGUUCCUCUAUUCACCUUUUGUCGAAACCGGCACCUUGGUGUGCAAACGUUAUUAAUGAGGAUCGUGAGGAUCGUUCUUUAUGGUACAAUCGUUCCCACUUUCAACCGAAUCAUCUUAUGGAAACUGAUGCAUUUCUAGUGAAGAGUGUGAGAAACAUUCCGGAAUUGUUCAAACCAGCAUUGAUAAUCUUAAUAAUUUCAGGAUCAAUCAAUAUAAUAUUCGGGUUUGCAGUUAUAAUACAUCAAAGAUAUUAUAAUCCAGCAUUUUUAGGUUGGUUUAAAGAUCAUCAUAGAUUCGCAGCGGUGAUAACGGUAUUUUCUGCGAUAAAUAUACAAGCGUUAAAAGUCGUUUCAUCAAAUUUCGGAGGAAUGGACAUAUAUAGUGCAAGAUAUUCCGCUAAUGUACAAAGAGCCAUUGCAUGGGUUGGAGUUUUAAACUUUGGUUUUCAAGAUAUACCUCAGCUAGUUAUUUUGGUAAAAUAUUGGAACCUGACGGAAGGAUAUACAUUUAUUCCAUUUAUGAACCUGAUUUUAAAUGUUGUAAUAUUAUUCAUUGACUUCUUUGGAAGAAUCUAUGAUGCUGUGAUCAUUACAAAUGAUGAAGAUGGUACCACGCGUAAUUUGAACAAUCGAUCAGCCGAUAGUACUCAGCAGUAUAGCAUGCGAGUUGGGGCUCCUUAA